AUGAUCGGGAUCUUGACGGUGAACGACCAUGGUGGCGGUCAAAAUGUCGCGCCUUAUGGAGGGAUUGAGGGACGGCUUUCAACCAAUCCGCUUGCUUGUGCCAUUCCGGUUGAAGGACGCGAGCCUAUUUUGUUGGAUAUGUCUACGAGCGUUGUCGCAGCAGGAAAGGUACGAGUGAGACGGCAUCGGAAGGAGCCUGCUCCAGAGGGGUGGCUUAUUGAUGCUGCGGGGAAUCCGACAACCAACAUCGAGGAUUUUUAUGGAUCUCCGCCCGGUGCGCUGCUUCCUUUUGGAGGGAUCGCCGCGCAAAAAGGGUUUGGACUCAGUAUUGUUGUCGAUAUUCUCUCUGGAGCGUUGAGUGGGGCGGGAUGUACCAGCCAAGAGGGUUCAAGGGUGGGCAAUGGCGUGUUCAUCACAGUUAUCAAUAUUGCCAGUUUUGUGGACCUAUCAGAUUUCAACGCCGAGAUCAAUCGCUUCAUUGACUACAUCAAGUCUGCGAAACGUUCACCCGGUGUCGAGGCGAUUCGCAUCCCAGGUGAGCGAGGCAGGGGUGAACAAGAAAAACGAACACGAGAGGGAAUCUUUGUCGAAGAAAGCACGUGGGAUCAAAUUCAAGAGGUUAUGCGAAAAUAUCAACUCCCAAUUCCUGAUCCAUUGAUAUAG